UGUUCUCAAUCGUCCCAAGCAGCUGCCGAGCCUGGCCAUCUCCAACAAAUCAACCAGUGGCAUUUGGGCUGCUACCGUUACCACGAAUGGACUUUUUUCGUUGUGACGACAAUUUUAUUCGAAGAUGCAGUGCAGACCAACUUUUCACGAUGGAACAAUAUUGUUUUCCACUCAAUGGACCCUUUCGACUCCUCAUCGUGGUCAAAUCCCGUUCAUUUCAACUUCCCGCGCUACACAGUCUUUGCCACUGGAUUACAUCCCUGGCAGGUCACUCCCGGCAUAACUCAGACAACCAUCGAUCUUGAAACUGGAGAGGUCGGGCAUAAUGUUCGCUACAUCUAG